CCCACUAGUUGAACUGCACCGCACCACUCCCGAACUCAUCAGAUACCCUCCUCCUCACUCAUCGUCGGCCUAUCGUCCGUCCUAGAGAGAGAGGGAGAGGGAAGGGGUGGAAAAGGUGUGAGCAGAUUGUUGAUAGAUAGAGGGGGGGAGAGAGAGAGAAAAGAGGGGGAUAUCGCAGCAGCAGCCGCAGCAGCGGGCAGAAAGAAAGACCCAAACGAGUGAGAGAGAGCGCCACGAAAGCUUAGAAGAAGAGAGAUCCACCUCGAAGUAACCCCCCUCCCUCCCUCCCCAUCCUCUCCUUCCUCCCCACGCCCUCCUCCCAGCGCGAGAGCACGCCGCUGCUGCCAGCGGACGACUGCGGCCAAGGCGGCGAAUUGCUCUGCUCCGCUCCGCUCCGGGCCGGGCCGCGAGGAUGAGGGAGGAGGAGGAGCCCAGCUGGUUCGCGCGCUUCGACGAGGACCUGCCGGCGCCCGACGAGCUCAUGCCGCUCUCGCAGUCGCUCAUCACCCGCGAUCUCGCCGCCGCCUUCGACAUCCCCACCACGCACGGCGGGGGCGGCCCGCUCAGCGGCGGCGCCGACGGGGCCGGCGGCGCGGGCGGCCAGGAGAUGAACGGCGGCGCGUCCUCGGCCGCCGGCUCCAGCGGCGGCAACGGGGGCGGCAACGGCGAGGAGCCGGCCAGGACCCUCAAGCGGCCGCGCCUCGUGUGGACGCCGCAGCUGCACAAGCGCUUCGUUGAUGCCGUGGCGCACCUCGGCAUCAAGAACGCCGUGCCCAAGACCAUAAUGCAGCUGAUGAGCGUGGACGGCCUCACGCGCGAGAACGUCGCGUCCCACCUCCAGAAGUACCGCCUCUACCUCAAGCGCAUGCAGGGGCUCGGCAACGGCGGUGGCGGCGGGGGAGGCAGCCACUCCUCCGGCUCCGGGACCGACGCAGCCACCGAGCACCUCUUCGCCACCGGGCCCUCCCCGUUCCUCCCGCCCGGCCGCGGCCCGGCCGUCGCCGACCCCUACACCCCCUACGCCGCCAUGCCGUCCCACCCCGCGGCGCACCACCAUCACCACCACCCGCAGCAGAUCGGCCACUUCCACCACCCCGCCGCGCGCCCGUUCGGCCACUACGGCGCCGGGCCAGGCGGCGGCUUCGACCACGGCUUCCUGAGCCGCGCCGUGGCCAGCGGCGCGCCAGUCGGCCCGCCCGGGAUGCACCACCGCAUGGUCGGCGGCGGGGCCGCGAUGGGGAUGAUGGCGCCGUCGUCCUUCGCCGAGGAGCUGGAGCUAGGGUCCCGCGGCGGCGGCGGCGGCGGCGGGCGCCGGGAGCUGACGCUGUUCCCGACCUCCGGCGAGCACUGAGCGUCGACAUCGACGGUGACCGGCAUCGAAUGGCGUCCGUCCGUCCGUCCUCCUCGGGUAUAUAAAAUUCGUUUUCCCCUCUGCCGCCGCCGCUACUUCCCACAGAUCGGCAUGGAAUCCCAGCAAGAUUCACCGCAUCGUCAUAUCAUAGAAGGCCAAGAAUUCUUGGGAAUUAGCGCUCCGCCACCCACCCAUCCAUCCAUCCAAUCCAUCCAUAUUUUCUAUCUCUCUCUCUCUCUCUCUUGGCCAGUGCUUCUGUUCUGUUCUUGUGUUGCGGAUAUUUGUCAUUGCUGUUCCCGUUCUCUCCUUGUUCUUUGCUGUUGAUGACAUAAAAGCUUAGCCCUAGAGACAAUUAUUUUAGACGGUAAAAAAGUUGUGAAAAUUUGGUGCCUGCUAGUAAGUACUUUCAUUCAUGUUGCUGGUUGUCUGAGGAAAGAAAAUUGAAUCCUUGCGAAUUGCGCGGAGGAUACAGGCUCCAGGGGCCAGUCUGCUCUGCUCAUCCCGGCGACUGACACUUGAGCCGUGAUCCCGCGAAACAAGUGAUGCAAUCAUCUACCGUUGCAGAUUGCAUAGGUGAGUCGACUCGAGUAGAGAUGAUAUAGGCAGGAUUGAAUAAUGUCAAGGACCCACCCACCCUGAGCUUGGAGGUGAAUUUAAAGUUUGUUUGUACCGGCAUGAUGACAAUUUAGCUCCUCGUCCUUCGGGCUUCAGGAGGAUGAACAUGUGUAGCAAAGGUUGCACUAGUUGCUCUUACAUUCUGCUGCCGCUGCUGCUAGGAUCAUGAUUCAGAGCAAGCCAAAUUGGAGUUUCUUGUACUAGUAACCAUUUGUAAAUCUUCCCUGCUCCAUUUUAAAAUCUUACUGUUUCCUGUA